GGUGGUUGGAUCUGCCACCCAUCAGGAGCGGGCUGUAGGCAUAUGGACUGCACCGAUUACUGAUUACUUUUUAUUUUCCUUUGCAUUGGAAAACCGUUAACAUCUAGUCGUUGGGCUCCUCUGCCUUUUGAAAAAUGAUCAUGGGCAACUUUGUCAUUUUACGCAGGAGAAAGUGAGCAGAAAGCUUAAAGUGGGGAGACAGAGCCAGAGCGCACUCCCUUCCCUCCGAGGACUAGAAAGGCUUGACGAUGUCUGAAGGACACAAAGAACGGGAUUAGAUGAUCUGCAGUCUAACAUACUUCUCAUUACUACUGCUGUGUCCUCUGAAAAUUUACGCAAUGACCUUUGGCGACUUGGAAUAAAGCGCUGCGCCCCUGAGGUGGGCAAUAACGCUUGACAGAGGAUGCGACGGGGGCGGUGGCUUGUCAGAUGGCUGGGAACAGCAAUGGCUAUCCUCUCUUUGAUUACCCACAGCUGGGGCCAGGACACAGAAGACUGGCAAUAUGAGGAGUGUAAAUUGUCGCGACCUGGACCCCCCGCAACCAUAGUGACCAUUGAUGAGGAGAGCCCCAAUGGAACAGUUUUGGUGGAAAACAUGCAAAUUAAUGGAAGGGCCCGUGAUCCAGGUAGAACCAUCUCCCUGACACUACUUGACAACUAUGACUACUGGGUUAUACUGGAACCAGCACGGCAGAGACUUUAUCUCAACAGUACCGGACGCGUUCUGGACAGAGAUCCACCUAAUUACAUCACAACGAUUGUGGUUCAGGUCCAAUGCACUAAUGAGCUGGUCGGUACGGUUAUUUUACACGAAGUUCGAAUUGUUGUGAGGGACAGAAAUGACAACAGUCCCCAAUUUCAACAGCCACGCUACUAUGUUUCUAUAAAUGAGCUCACACCAGUUGGAACUACCAUUUUCACCGGCUUCUCAGGAAAUAAUGGUGCUACAGACAUUGAUGAUGGACCAAAUGGACAUAUAGAAUACAGCAUCCUUUACAAUCCCAAUGAUCCGGAAUCUAACAACACAGUCAGGGUUGGUAACACCCUUUCAGGAAGUAUUCUACUGGCACAGAGGCUAAACUAUGAGGACAAAACCCGCUUCUUUGUAUUAAUCCAAGCCAGUGACCGUGCUCCAUACCCACCAAACAGACUAACAGCUACCACAACUCUGACUGUGGAUGUCUUAGAUGGAGAUGACCUUGGUCCAAUGUUUCUGCCUUGCAUUUUGGUGAACAACACCCGUGACUGCAACCCACUCACCUACCGUGCUGCUAUCCCUGAAUUUACUGAACCGACUAAACUGAACCCACUUAAUGUGACCCCACCUAUCCGGGCUGUGGACAUGGACAGAAACAUACAGCCCCCAUCAGAGAGACCUGGCAUUCUUUAUUACAUCUUGGUUGGUCAACCGAACACAUAUCCAGAGUACUUCUCCCUGAACCGGACCACUGCAGAGUUGCUUGUUCUGAAACCUAUUAGCCGGGACCUGUAUCAGAGGUUCACACUUAUCAUUAAGGCAGAACAGGACAACGGACAUCCCUUACCAGCUUAUGCUGACCUCAUUAUCGAAAUACUGGAUGAGAACAACCAGGCGCCAUAUUUUCAGUUUGCCUCCUAUCAGGGAUACGUGAGCGAGUCCUCCCCAGUGGGGACAACUAUUUCUGCCAGUUCCAACCUCACUGCCCCUCUAGGGAUCAUUGCUUUGGAUAAUGACAUAGAAGAGCUGUCCCCUGGUGAUACACCUACCAAAGACCCUAUGGUGAAGAUUACCCUGGAUGACUACACCACAAUUUUCAGCCUGACCCCGACUGGCAUAAUCCGCUACCUGAGGAUCCUAAAACCUGUGGACCGGGAACAGCAGAUGACUUAUACUUUCACGAUGAUGGCAUCAGAUGGUGUCCAGCAGAGUAGCCCAGUAACUGUCAACAUCCUGGUUAUUGAUGCCAAUGACAAUACACCCACGUUUGCACAGGUCUCCUACAGUGUUGAAGUCUUUACAGACAUGCAGCCAGGGGAGACAGUUCUACAGUUAACUGCAGUAGAUGCUGAUGAAGGACUGAAUGGUCUGGUGACGUACGAGAUUCUGGCUGGGGCCCAAGGAGACUUUGUUAUUAAUAAUCGAUCUGGACGUAUCACUGUGGCGCCUGGUGUUACGUUAACUGUGGGCCGAUCAUAUGCACUAACAGUCAAAGCCUCAGACAAUGCACCAGACACCCAGAGAAGGAGCUCCAUCACUACAGUUUAUAUUGAAGUUUUACCACCCAACAACCAAAGUCCUCCACGCUUCCCCCUUCUCACCUAUAACCUAGAGAUCAGUGAGGCCAUGAGGAUUGGAGCUAUUCUCCUUAACUUGCAGGCAACAGACAGAGAAAAUGAUCCGAUCACUUAUCGAAUUGUGAGUGGGGAUUCACUGAAGGUUUUCAACCUCUCAGAAACUACUCGUAGCCUACCAGCUAUAAAAGGACAGGCUGUUCGCUCUGUAACCAAGAAAACAUAUAAAUACAACAACCUUGAGUAG